UGGCUAACAAUAAUUGUUUGGCUUUGCGCAGCACUAGGCGGCCAAAAAAAGCGGGAUUCUGAAUUUGGAGUUAAUGCGAAUUAAAUUGUGUGCAAAAUUAUGGAGACGCCAAAGGGUAGUGGAUAUUCCACACGCCCCGAGCGCACGCCCACCCCCCGAUUGUCUGAGCGUAAGAGGCAAUUGUUUCGCAGCCGCAGCACCAAUCUGGAUCAGUUUGAUGACGACGAGGACGUUCGAAUCCUUGGAAUUUCACCACUGAAGCCCCAUGCCAGCUCCAAGAAGCCCAGCCAACUCAAGUUUGAUGAGGAGCCUGCGGGCAGACAAUUGCGCAGCAGCACGAGCAGUUCGCCGGAGACCAACAAGGAGAACAAAAAGAUACGUGGAGGAGGAGAAGGAGUUGUCGUGGCGGCCACCGAACAGCUGCCGCUUUUGUUUAACAAAACAAUGUGCAUCAAUAGCAACAGCAAUAGCAGCAGCAUCAGCAGCAGUCCACGCACGCCCAGAGUGAAGAAGAGUCAUGUGAUUAUUUCAGAGUCGGAUGACGAUGGAGGAGAUGAUGCAGCUGGCAAUCCAAUCCGUCGAGUGGCCACAAAGCGGGUGCACACAACGGAUACGUCAGCAGUGGCUGCUUCGUCGCACGAUUCGGAUACGGUAUCGCCGGAAACUAAGCAGAGGAGGACCAACCCGGAGGGGAGCAUUCCAACCAUGGCAUUCUAUUCCCACAGUGCAACACCCAGCUGGACACCCAAAUCGGGCAGGUCGAGGCAACAGAAAGAGCAGCAGCAGCGCAGUGGCAAGGCGAAAACCUCACCUACAUGUCGGCCACGGUUGGGCAUCAAUAAGGGAGUGCGCCACAAGAUACGGAAACCCAAUCGCCUCGUGCCGCACCAGCACUUGCCUCCCACCGAUAUUGAUCUACUUCUGGGCUCGCUGCGCAAUGAGAAGCUCAAAAAUUUGAUCACCAAGAAACGGGAGGAGCGCGCCCAGGUGGAGCAAGUGCACCAAAUCCUGCACAGUGCUCGCGAUCCAAUUAAGAUGGCCAAACCGUUGAGUGUGAUAGCUGCCGAUGAUGCUAACAACAAUAUGCCCGAGGGUACGUGGCAACAGACCUCGGACUUCUCCGAUCUGAGUGAAGAAGAGGAAGAGCAGUCCGAUCCAGCUGUGGAGCUCGAGCCCAUUAUACCGCUGAUACGCCAUGAUGCGGUCACCGUCUCCCCCCCAGAGCCGACGGACCUGAGCAAGCGCAAGUUCUUCAAGUCGGGCAAGAAGAGCGGCACGUGCAUGGAGGUCAGGAUCACGGACAACAUCAAAGCCAGUGUGAGUCACGGGCGGAUUUCUCUGAUCCAGCCCCCCGUGAAGAAGGCACGCAGAGUGCGCGUCAAGUCUGCCACCUUAUUCUCAGCGGAACAGGCCACAGUGGAUGCAAUUCUCAGGAAUCUAAAUGACACAGUCGUGGACGAGAUUAUCGAAUCGAGUGAACCAGAGCCCAAGACGACGGCUGCUCCCAUUGUGGCGGAAGAAGCUGCAAUGAAUGUGGAGGAUGCUGCCAUGGAGGUGGAGGAGGCCCCCGAACUUGUGCAAGAGUCAAUAGUAACUGAAAGUGUUCAGGUUCACGAUCAAGACUCCGUUCCAGAUCCCUUUGCUAGAUUUCGGCAGCGACUGCCCUACAACACCGAUGAUCCAGAGAUCAUGGAACAGCAGCAAAUUCUGCUCGAGUUCCUGAUUAGCAACAACAUCUGUACGGAUGAGUAUUUCGAGUACUUCAUCGGCGAUCCCGACAGCCACAAGGAGGAAGCCACGCGGAUUGUCGAUCAGUUGUAUAUGGUGGUCCAAGCUGAACAGUCGGCACAAGAGGCUGCCAUACGAUCGGAGGCAGAAGCGGUGAUGGAGGAGAAGCCGGAAGUGGAGAUGGAGAAGGAGAGAGAAGUGGAGAUGGAGAAGGAGCCAGAAGUGGAGAUGCAAAAGGUGCCUGAGGCGGUGAUGGAGAAGGAGCCAGAAGUAGAGAUGCAGAAGGAGCCAGCGCCAAAACUCUUUCCCAUAUUCACACAACGUCUCCAGCCUGUUCCUCAGAAAACCACGAGGCGAAAGCCGGGCACCUCGAUGCGACUGCAGUCGGCGGCCACUGGGUCCAAUCAGUAUCAAAUCGACGCUGGACAGAAGGCAUUCGGAGCGAGGCAAUGUCAGCAGUGCGGUUUGGUCUACACCGUCCACGAGCCAGAGGAGGAGAAACUGCAUCGAGAGUACCACAGUUCCAUCCAUAUUUUACGCUUCAAGGGCUGGCUCGACGAGGACAUUGUGGCCGUGUGUCCAGAGUGGUCCAACGAUGGACGAAUUAUACGCAUCAAUGAACGUGCACCUGCAGUGCGCCUGGACAGGUUUAAGGCCAUUAUUAGUGUGGUGGAUAAGGAGCUUGGAUACUCUUCGUACAUUGUGCCAAAGGAAUUUUACGCCUUUUUCGCCAUACAGAAACAGCAAAUUGUGGGCUUUUGCCUGGUGCAGCCCCUUGCACAGGCACAUCGCUUCGUUCAUGUCGAUGGAACGGACUACUUCAGCGAGGAGACAUACGAGGCCAGCUGCGGCGUGUCUCGCAUUUGGGUGUCUCCUCUGCAUCGCCGUCGAGGAAUAGCCAGCCAGUUGAUAAGGACUGUACAGAGUCAUACCAUCUUGGGACAGAAAAUCUCCAUGGAUCGGAUUGCUUUCAGCACACCAACCGACGAUGGGCGGGCGUUGGCGCGUUGUAUUACGAGAACCGAUAGUUUUUUGACCUACGACCAGUGAUGACAAUCAGGAAGGGAGCGAGCAAGGGGAACUUGCCCGGGCUAUUGAAUAGCUGGAGUUAUGAAUGUUUGAUAUAGGAGUGCUUCGGAACCUGUUUUAGUUGUUAAGCCAGUUUGAUUAUGAUACUUGCGGAUAUUGUGUGGAAUUAAAGCUAUUUUCUAUUAAUAUACAAAAUAUUUAUU